AUGGACUUUAGCAACUAUUUGAAAAGAAAGAGGUGUGACAAAAACACUCCUAUGAAGGCGAAAAGGUCAAGCUCGGGGGCUAUUGCGACUCCGAUAUAUAUUACUUUCCCAAAGAAUGAAAAAGCAAUAAAAUACAAAAUUUCGAUGAGUAUGAUAGUAGAGGACACUGUGAGAGAAAACUCAAACAAGGAAGAAGUUUAUAAUGUGAAUUUUGCGGAAUUGUAUGAAAAAGAGUUAGGAGUUGUGAAAGAGUUAGGAAAAAAAUUAGAAAAUGCAGCGAGUGAGAAUAUAAUGGCUUAUGAUAAAUAGCUCAUUAACUCCCCUUAUUUAAUUGAAAUAGAAUAUCUAAAAUUUCAUGUUUUGGAUACUUUAAACCCCUUUAAACUGAAAUAAUUUUUUUUAGUAGGAAAAUUUUAUAGGUGUAAAUAAAAUUAAUUUAACCUAUUUAAUAAAAAAGUGACACUAGAAUAUCAUUAAAACAGUUUUCCACUGAAUUGAAUAAUUUUUUGAAUUAAUUCUUCAUAAAAUUAAUUAAAAUUUAAAAAAGAGUAAAUAUUAUUUUUGGCUAGUUAGAUGACAGCUGUAUUUUCAUAUAUAUUACUGAUCAAAAAUUUUCCUUACUCCCCCCCCCCCUCCGUGAGCGAACAAAACCAUUAGAAAAAUCGCCAUUUUUUGACCAAAAACCCACCCUCCGUGAGUGAACAAAAAUUUUUUUAAUAGAAAAAAUUUUAAUGGAAAAAAAUUUUGAUAUAUAAGUGAUAAUUAUUAUAAUGAAAUCUAGAGCUAAUUCUGUUUAAUUUUAAACAAAUUGCGUUUUUAAAAACAUAAAAUUUUGCAAAUUAAAUUAAUAUUUUGCUUCCCAAUUUUUGCAAAUUAGGAUUUUUUUAAAUUUCGAAAAAAAUAUUUUUUUAUAAAUUUAUAUAUAAAUUUUUUUUAAAAAAAAAAAAAAUUAACCCCCCUCCGUGAGCGAACAAAAUUUUUUUGUUCGCUCACGGAGGGGGGGGGAGUUAGUGAGCUAUUAAUCGCUAAUAUAUAUAACAUCUUGAAUACUGAUAUUAAAAAUUUUAAGACAAAUCAUUCGGAAUUGCUCAAAGCAAUAAAGUCUGCUGAAAAUGAUGCUUAUGAAAAUAACUCAAAAUUUGAUAAAGAAAUCACUGAUUUAUCUAACACUUUAGAAGCAGUUGAGAUAGAAAAAAUUGAUGAAACAUUAAAGAUACAGGCAGUUGAAGAUAAGCUGAAGUGCUUAUCAAACAAUUAUUUUGAAGAAAAAGAGUCUUAAUUUAGCUUAAACUGCUAAAGUGUUCAAAGUGUCGCCUGGAUCCGAAGGAUCGGAAAGGAGCCAAACUAGUGACGUCACCUGACAUUUCUUACAUCACCAUUUUUAUCUGGUCGAAGAACUAUCCUAAGUAAUGGCGGUUAGUUAGCCUCCAGAUCUCAAGGGCAGUGUUGUCUUGCCUUUCCCCAACUUGACUCCAGCUCGUGUUCCGCCUAAGGAUCUUUUUCCUCCAUAGUGUUAAGCUAUGCAUCCAAAUUACCCUGAACCAAAUCCUUCACCUUAUCUGAUGAGUUGCCAUGACAUUGUGGAUAAGAUUUUCACUAACAAAACUGAGCCCCCCCGUUCCUUAAGGGAUAUAAGAAAUUAGCAGAGCUAACUUCUUUUGAGCUUAACGCCAUUUAUUUAUAAAAAAGAGUCGGUAAAGAUUAUUAUAGAUUCAAAUGAUCGAGAAAGGAAUUGAAAAGCAAGAAAUUAAAAUCAAAAAGAGCAUUAAUAAAAAAUUGUCUCUAGAGAGAAGGCUACAGUCAUCUUUAAAAGCAGUCAGUUUAAUGAAAUCAACAAUUGAAGAGCUAUCAAGGUAUCAAAUGGAAGACGAGAAGUGUAAAUUAGACAUUUUGCUUCAAAUUUCUUCUAAUUAA